AUGCUUCCACAUUUACACUUUCCAAUCGAGAAACCAGACGAGUCAAAUAUCUGUAGCGAUCGCCCCGAAAACAAAAUAUCAACUGAAGAAAUUUGUAAUGUCAACAUCAACCUUUAUUUAAGUUCUCUUCGUUUCGAACUCAACGGUACCAAAAAGAACGGAAAGCCAAAAAGCGAAAGACCCGAAAAUGCUCGUAAAAAGUAUCAAAUUAAGGUGCAGAUUCGAUCAAACUUAACUCACGCGUUUUGA